CUCUGUCUCUCUCUCUCUGUGCCCACUGGGUGUUUCUGGUGGAUCCUCAUUGGGAUGCUCUGUUUCUGCUUCAUCUUCACGGGACCUCUCAACUCCGUUUCUUUCUCAGCUUCAUUUGCUUGAUUUCGAGAAGCUUCGUGCUUUGAUUAUAGUUCUUGCGUCAGAGUCGCUUGCUUGCUUGCUUUGAUCUGCGAAGCAACGAGUGAUGCUGUGGGGCGGGGAUCUUUACCUCUCAGUGUAGACAUUUGAGUGAUGCAAGUUUGAUCGUGAUAGACGCGGUCGAGUGAUUGGUUGGAUCAACCGAGUUUUGUCCUUGAAGUGGUUUCUUCUGAAAGGUUACUGGAUUGGAUUUAAGGAUCAUCUCAUUCGUGUUUGGAAAGUGAAAAGAGAGAGGAGGAAAGAAAACAUUUUGCUGCAUACUAGCUUUUUGAAGGCCUUUUAUUGCUGCAAUUAGCUUGUGCCACAAGGUGGAUUUUUUUUUUGUUUCCCCAAUUUUUUUUUUCCGCGGCGGGUUAUGCGAGUGAAACAGGUUGCGAGCUUAAAAGGGUAUGUGGCAAUCUGCUAGAAUCCAGAUAGUAUUCUGAUGUACUUGUAGACUAAUGCUACUGUUGGGUUGUCAUUUAAGAAGCCUCAUGAAAUAAGGGCUGAUCAGCUGAUUAAUGUCUGAUUAUCGAGUUGUGAAUGCACGAGGUUGGAAUCCUUGCUUCCUGGUCGUAGCUGAGAGGGAGUCUAAUUGUGUGGCUGCUCUGGAGUGCUUAAUAAGCAUAAUCAGGGCCCUGAGAAUGGGGUCCUGCUUAUCCGUGGAAAGCAGGAGCCCUGUCCCCGGCUCACCAAUAUCUCCGGCACUGAGCGUUAGGAAGAGGAAAAACUCGAAGAAAAGACCAGGGUCGCGAAAUUCUUCCUUUGACUACCGGAGGGAGGAACCAUUGCAUAGGAUUCCUGGAAGGUUAUUUCUGAAUGGAUCAAGCGAAACUGCCUGCUUAUUUACUCGGCAAGGAAAGAAAGGGACCAAUCAAGAUGCCAUGAUUGUAUGGGAGAAUUUCUGCUCAAGGAAAGACACAGUUUUUUGUGGUGUCUUUGAUGGCCAUGGGCCCUAUGGUCAUAUGGUUGCAAAGAGAGUGAGAGAUUCACUUCCCCUAAAAUUGACUGCUCAUUGGGAAGUCUCUAUAAAAACUGCGGAUGCUCUCAAAGAAAUCAGCCUUAGUGCCUUGACGAGCAUGAAUUCUGAAGAUACUGCCUCAAUAUCUUUGGAUGAGGAAUCAAGGGUCUCUACUGACCUGGAGGAAACGGAAAAGCACCCUGAGGUCUUUCAGGCACUCAAAAAAUCAUUUUUGAAGUCUUUUAAAGUCAUGGACAGAGAGCUGAGGAUGCAUGCUGACAUUGAUUGCUUCUGCAGUGGGACAACAGCAGUGACGUUAGUCAAGCAGGGUCGAUACCUUGUGAUUGGCAAUGUUGGGGACUCCAGAGCUGUACUAGGUACACGAGAUGUAGAUAACUCUCUCACUGCAGUUCAGUUAACUGUUGAUCUCAAGCCUAAUCUUCCAGCGGAAGCAGAGAGAAUCCGGAAGUGUAGGGGACGGGUAUUCUCUCUUCUAGAUGAACCAGAAGUUGCUCGUGUCUGGUUACCACACAAUGACUCCCCUGGCCUUGCAAUGGCACGAGCUUUUGGUGAUUUCUGCCUUAAGGAUUUUGGUCUAAUCUCUGUACCUGAAAUAUCAUACCGAUGUCUAACAGAGAAGGAUGAAUUUGUUGUUCUGGCAACAGAUGGGGUCUGGGAUGUGUUGUCAAACAAGGAAGUGGUAGACAUUGUUGCUUCAGCCCCAGCACGUUCCUCUGCAGCUCGAACCUUGGUGGAGUCAGCAGUUCGGGCAUGGAAGUGCAAAUACCCCACUUCCAAAGUUGAUGACUGUGCUGUUGUUUGCCUCUUUCUGGACUCCGACAAUUUGUCCACAGCAUCCAAUUUAAAAUCCAAGGAACAACUUACUUUGGGGGAUCAAGUUGACACAAGCAGUAACAGAGAAAAGGUUGUUGCAAUGGCUGACCUCUGUGGAUCAGACGUGAUGGUUGAAGAUGGUAAAGAUUGUGCAUCUAGGCAUGAGGAGAUGCAUUCCAAAUCGGAGAAAGAUUGGUCUGCUCUUGAAGGAGUGUCUCGGGUAAACACUCUCUUGACUCUGCCGAGGUUUGUUGCUCAAAAGGAAACAAAGGCAGUUAGGGAUCCAAGGAGUCUCAAACAAUCAUAAAGAAGGUUUACCUCUGUCAUUCGCUUUUCAACACGUCGUUUUCUUUUCUCCCCUUUCCCGUUUCUUUGUCUGCAGAAUGGAUGGGAGAAAAGGAUACACAUUUAGGUUUGGCAAUUGUUCUGAACAGUUAGGCCCGGCUUUAUUAGCAUGCCUGGGACUGGGAGAAUGUCCAAUCUCUCGUUUUUGGUGUUGGAUGGAUGUGCAAUUUUGUAGAAAUCCUACUCUCCGCCGAUUGUUAUUUUCUAUAUACAGAACAUUUGUGCCUCACAAUUGUGCUGGAAAUCCAAUUAUUGGCAUGAAUGA